AUGGUAGAAGAAGAAUUUGGUGCAGUAUUUGUGAUUUUAGUGACAAUCAUUUUAGUGCUAGAAAUGGUGAUAGGAUUAAUAGCUAAUCUAGCUGUGUUCAUAAUAAGUCGUGAUAAUAACAAGAAACAUCUAACACGAGGAAACAGCUUUAAUCUUAAUCUUCACGUCGUGGAUUCUAUAAUUUGUGUUACUAUUGCUCCACUAACCCUCGCUUAUGUUGUUUCAACGCGAUUCCAAACCCCGCUGUUUUGUUAUGUUUUUGAAGGAUCCGUGUCCUUCACCAGCACUGCCAGUUCCUUAACCUUAUUCUUCAUCUGUUUAGAUCGGUACUACGCAGUUAUGGCACCAACAGAACCUCACAUCAUAUCUACAAGAUCCCGUGUGUUCAUAUUCUUAAUUUGGAUAUUUGCUACUAUUUCUUUUUGUUCCCCUUUUUUUGGAUUAAAACUAGAAAUGUUUAAUUCCUUUAACCAGGCUAAUAGCAGUUCUGUCACAUGUGGUGAAAUUAUAUGGAGAAUGGAGCCCCAUUACAUCUAUGAGGUGAUCUAUGUUGUGACGUUUCUUAUGACGGCAUUUGCAAUGCUUAUGUUUUAUUUAUCCAUGUCUCGCGUCACUCGGCGAAGAGUGGCCAUUAAAGACGCACUUGUAAAGGCAUCUUUGUCUUUUGGAGUCAAAAUGCCACCUCUCAGAGAUACCGAAAGAAAAACUUUAAAGCUUUCUUCAGCGAUUGUUUUAGCGUUUUGGAUUUUUUGGGGACCUCAUUUAAUUGUAAGUAUAGUGGGAAUGAUUGUGUGGGAUUCUUUAGCGUUAGAUAUUGCUCGAAUUCUGUGUUUGCUAUUUGCACUUAUGACGACUAUUAUACACCCGUUAUUGUAUGCCUUUAUGCGACAAAGAUUUCGUCAGUCAUUUAGAAGACGUUGGAUGCAUCGGGAAACAGCAACAGUUGGUUGUGCAACAUAUGAUGGCAAAAUAGCAACUAUAGAAGUUCAAGCGCCUGGGCUUUGAAACAGUGAAAGAACUCCAAAAACAAAGUUGGGUAAUAUUAUUUCGUUUAAUGAAAUAAUUGUUUCAAUAUUUGAUCGGUUCAGACGUUUUGUUUAAAAGACAGAGGUACAUCCACGCAA